AUGGCCUCAUCCUCAAAUCAGCCGAACACAACCCUCUACGUCAACAAUCUCAAUGACAAGGUCAACAAGGACGAGCUCAAGACACAGCUCUAUGCCCUCUUCACUACCUAUGGCAAGGUGAUCGACAUUGUCGCCUCCAAGAACACCAAAAUGCGCGGCCAGGCCUUUCUCGUGUUCAGCGACCUCGCAGGCGCGACUACUGCCAUGCGUGCGUGCGAUGGGGUUAUGUUCUACGAUAAACCUCUCCACAUUGACUACGCCAAGUCGAAAUCAUAUGCGACCCUCCAGCUUGAAGACCCAAAUUUCGUGCCUCCAAAUGCAGCAAAUGCUUCAUCUCUCGUAUCACAGAAUGGGAAGAGGCCAAGAGAUGGAGAUGCACCCGAUUCAGACCGGCAGUCGAAGAGGGAAAAGGCUGACGAGUCUGACGAGGAGAUGGAAAUCGAUGAUGAAGAGGAAGCCCCACAAAAGACCGAGCCGUCUGCACCAACUACCGUACCCUCCCAGGUCCAACAACCUACAGCGAGACUGUUAUGUACCAAUCUCCCACAAGAGGUGACAGAUGACGUCCUAGGUGUUCUUUUCCAACAAUACAAAGGUUUCCAAAGGACACAUGGAUCAGGGAAUCUACGGCUCGCUGUGCAACUACCAGAAGGGGAGGAUCUGAACGAGUGGCUCGCGGUGCACACUGUCGAUUUCUUCAAUCAUCUUAACAUGCUGUACGGAACUGUGACCGAGUUUUGCAUACCUUCAGAGUGUCCUAUCAUGUCAGCCGGUCCACGUUACGAAUACCUGUGGGAAGACGGCGUCAAAUACCGUCGUCCCACCAAGCUCCCUGCUCCUGAAUAUGUCGAUGCACUUAUGAAUUGGGCGCAAAAUCUGCUCGACGACGAAGCCGUUUUCCCAAAUCGAAUUGGUGCCGCCUGA